CCACCACCAUCCUGCCCGACUGCGACACCUUCUGCCUCACUAUCUCAUCGCCUGCGCACGCCCGCUCAAGCGCUGAUCUCUCGCUGCCAGCUGCGCGCGCCCUCGCCUCACCCACGUCCACGCCGGCGUCGCCGCGCCCUCGCCCGACAUGGCGCACUCGCUCUCGCCCUCGCGCGCCGCCGCCUCGCUGCGCCGCGUCGACUCGGGCGCCUCCCUGGCUUCGCGACACGCGCUGCGCGACGUCUCCGCCGACGGCGCGCUCUCGCCCGACGGCAGUGCCGUGCAUCUGCUGCCCGCCGACGAGCAGGCGCGCCAAGACGCGGCCCUGCGCGCACGGCAGCGACAGACACUGCUGAGAGCAGCGGGCCAGCUGGCGACGCUGUUUGUCGUGUGUGCGCUCGUGUGCGUGGGCACGCUGUGGCUCGGCCUGCCGGAGAUCCGUCCCGAGGACAAGGAGGCACUGGCCAUUCCGCGCUCCUUUGAGCAACUCAAGGCGCUCAAUGCCGUGCUGCAGCACUACAAGGAGGAGCAUUUUGCGCGCGUCAUGCUCUGCUGGAUCGUCGUGUACAUGUUCCUGCAGGCAUUCUCGAUCCCCGGCAGCAUGUACAUGUCCAUCCUCGCCGGCGCCAUGUGGGGCGUGCCGCUGGCUUUGCCAAUCGUCUGCGCAAGCGUCGCGACAGGCGCGACGAUCUGCUACCUCAUCUCCUCGUACCUCGGCGAGGUGCUCGUGGCGAUGCCCAAGUGGAAGGCACGCGUCGAUGCGUGGAAGGAGCGCAUCGGCGAGCAGGACAACUUGCUGAGCUACAUGAUUGUCAUCCGCAUGAUGCCGCUGCCGCCGCACAACAUCGUCAACAUCCUUGCGCCGCACCUGGGCAUCAAGGUGCCGCUCUUCUGGGUGUCCACCUUCUUUGGCAUCUUUGCCGUGUCGGUCAUCCACACGACGAUCGGCGAGAAGCUGGAUCAGAUGUCGAGCGCGGAUGACUUCAACCUCCUCUCCGUGCGCAACGCGGUGCUCAUGGUCGUCGUGUGUGCCGCCGCCCUCACGCCCAUUCUCGUCAAGCGCUACACGGGCGCCGCGCCGCUCGAGGAGGCCGAGGCGCCCGCCGGCCGUCUGCGUCUGGACGGCGAGGAAGGCGCGCGGCCUUCGACGCUCGUGGGCCGCCGCGGCACGGGGCACUUUGCCGACGACGACGAGUCGGACGACGACGAGCUGCCGCGCGUGUCGCUGCGCCAUGCCAUGAGUGGCUAUCGCGACGAAGAGGCGGCGCUGCCCGGCGCACGUGGGACAGCGGCGUGGCGCAAUGAGCGCAACGCCAGUGUGCCCUCCUCGGACGACGAAGACGCCGACGCGGCGAGCCUCUCGUCGGCGCCGCGCGUCUUUGACGACCGUCGGGAAGAGGCGGCGCCACGACGCGGCAGCAAGGCGGCACGCGUGCUGGGCCACCAUGGCGGCAGCCCAGGCCUGCCUUAUCCCGGCCAGCAUCAGCAGGCGCCGGGCUUGGGCGAGCGCGCCGGCCAGCUGUGGACACGCGUGGUCGGCGGCCGUGGCUGAGCACUAGGAACCCUGUCCCCUCUCUGUGAUGUGUAUCUAGAUCUCUGGGCUGCAGCGGGGCGCAAUCGCAAUGCUUGCUGCGUC